ACUGGGAGGGGAUGGCUAUGGGGCACGUUUCCUUCCAGGGUGAUAAAGGCAUUCAUUCCAAGAUAGACUGGGGUGAUGGCUGCACGCUCUGUAGAUGACAUCUCAAUCAAGCUGCUUCAUGAGAAAAGCCCAGCCACUGACCACGGGGUGAACGUCCUGCCAUCCACAGUCCCUGGCCAAGAAGAAGGUAUGACUGACAGGAAGCACUGGUUUUCUUUCGGGACACAACCGAACGUGCCAGGACUGCAGGAGCUGCUGGAUUAUGGAGCAGCAAACCAGGCAUGGCAGGCGGUGCUCGCGGAGGUACCACGGGGCGGACCAGGGUGUGCAGCGUUACGUGACUUGGGAAGAUGUGGGGGGCCCGAUGUAUCUACCAGGAGACAGUGGAGACCUCUACCCUUUAGCUGUCCUCUGUCCCACACAACCCAGCCCCCACUGGGCGGCCACUAUAGGGGAAGCUCAGCUGGAAGGUUCCAUGGGAGAGACCAGACCACUCCUGGCACUGUCCAGCAGCUGCCUUCGGCCCGUGUUCUGAAACCGGGAUGCACACAGCAUGGAGAUCUCAGCCCUGGGCAGGCCUUGCCCCCUCCAGCAGCUGCUCUCGGCCCAUCUCCCAAAGCCUGGACGCAUACAGUGGGGAGACCUCAGCUCUGGGCAGGCCUGGGUUCCCAUCGCCUCGGCGUCCCUGGGCCCAGGACACGGAAAGCACUUGCUACGUGCUGUGUACAAGAAUGAACGAAUCGGCCUGCCUAGCACCCCUUGGCCAGCUCCAGGCCUCCACUUGCUGUGUCAAGUGAGGCUCC